GAAAUAUUAUUGCUAAACCGGCUAAUACAAACCUCCAACAAAUAAGAGGCUAAAAAUGAAAUGUUGUGUGCUUUGAAAAAUUGUUCCAUAAAUUAAUAUUCGCGCCGGCUCCGGCACCAAUUAGCCCCUCCGUCGGAAAAAUCUAUCGCCGGAGCCGGAGGUGUUCAUCUUCCGGAAUAACUCACGGAGGAGAUCAGAAAAACCGCACCAGCAGGGGGAAGGCUUGAAUAAAAACACUACUAGAGGAAAGAAUUGAAUUGAAGGUGCUCCGAUCCCGCGCGCGCACCCCUAAAUUAAAAUAAAUGUGCAAAAGGAGAAGAAGAUGGGGAAGCUAUGGAACAGAGCCGCCGGGGCUUUGAAGGACCAAAACAGCAUAGUAAUGGCGAGCCUGGCCAGGCGGACGGCGCUGCGGAGACCGGACGUGGAGGCGGUGGUGAUUAGGGCCACCAGCCACGACGAAUCGUGCGUGGAUUACGAGAGCGUUGAGAAAGUGUACAGGCUGGUUCGGCUUUCCCCCAACCAUUUUAGGCCAUUGAUUUGGGCGAUUUCCCGGCGGAUGAGGAAGACGGGGAGUUGGGCGGUGGCGCUUAAAGGAUUGAUGCUUAUGCACGGCGUUUUCAGCUGCAGAGUCCCCGCCGUCCGGAAGAUCGGACCCCUGCCGUUCAAUUUCUCCGAUUUUAAGGACCGCCAUUCCAAUUCCUCCAAGACCUGGGGACACAAUCACUUCAUUCGCGCUUAUUUCGCCUUCCUCGAUCACAAAUCCGCCAUUCUCUUCAUCGACGAACAGGAACAAACACCACGGUUAUCGUCUUCAUCUUCGCCCCUAAUGCAAACCCUAGAAUUGCUGCAAAAGCUGCAAGACUUACUCGACGUGACGCUGAAGAUCCGGCCAAAUUCAUCGAUCACAAUCGCGCCUCUCAUCAUCGAAGCUAUGGACUGCAUCGUGGUGGAGAUUUUCGACAUCCACAACCGAUUAUGCACCGGAAUCGUCAAUAUCCUGCCGAGAAUUUUGGAGGCCAGCAAGGCCGAGGCCGAGGCGGCGCUAAAAAUCGCCGCUAGGGUUAGAAUCCAAAACCUGGAGCUCAACGAUUACUUCGAAUUGUGCAAUAAAAUCGGCGUCUCCAACGCCACAAUACUCCCUGCAACUCAUAAAAUCAGCAAACAACAAAUCCAAGAGCUUGAAGACAUAAUCAACGGCGUAAUUCCGGUUUCACCUCAUCAUAAUAAAGCGGCAAAGGAAGAACCACCGUCAAUGCUUCCCGCAUCUACCGUGGCGAAGGAGACUCGCCAUUCCACAAUAAUCACCGAUCGAUGGGAAACGUUUGACGAAGAAACUAAUCCUGCUAAUUAUGCACCGCCUCUUUUACCACUUAACAACAAUUUGCAGCACCUUCAACAUCGACAUCUCCCAGAUCUCAUAACUUUCUAGUAGUGUUCGUUCAAGCUGAUUUUCAUUUUCAUGGUGUCUCGUGUAAUGGUAUUUUAUUUUAUACAAGAAAUUAUGAAAAUUUAAAUUUGAGUAUAGUUGUACUUUUCGUUUUGUUGAGAAAAAAAAAUAGAUAUACAACCAUUUAAAAUGAAAAGUUCUUCAUUUUUGAGUAAAAA